AUGUCAAUAAUAAAACACCCGAAUAUACUCCCUCAAACUUCAAAUUUUUUACAAAAAAGAGAUUGGAAUGAUAAUUAUUGGGAAAAUUCAGGUACAGCAAGAUGGGCAUUUUUUGCAAUAUUUAUAGUAUUAGUAAUUAUAGUAAUAUUAGGUACAAUAAGAGUUAAUAAAAAGAGGAGUCAACAUGGUCAACAACCAUUAUAUGGUACAAGAUGGAUGACUCCUCCAUCAUAUAGACAAUCACAAAAUCAAUAUGAUCAACCUGAUCAUGUUAGAGAUCCAGAUUUACCAAGUGCUUAUGUUCCAACAUAUACUGCUCAAGCUAAUGAAUAUGAUAUGGGUUAUUAUGAUUCUUCCGGUACUUUUAUUGCUAAUCCAAAUGCAAAACAUGCUUUACAACAUCCUCCUCAAACUCAUCAAAGAAAUAUAAGUAGAAAUUCAAAUACAAAUAUCGCGGCAACUAAUUUACCAACAGAUAUUCACAAUAAUGAAAAUAAUAAUGAAGAUGAUAUAGGUGAUAUAAGUAGGCCAAAUGGUCCACCUCCAUCAUCUCAAAGAAAUUCAAUAAGUCAAAGAAGAGAUAGUAAUAUAUCGAAUAAUAAUAGCAACAACAACAAUAACAACAAUGAAAUAAUAAAUGAAAGAAUAAUUGAAACAGAAACAAUAGAUUUAACAACAAGUUCAGGAUCAGGAUCAGAUGAAUUUACUAGACCCUUGGGACCACCUCCAUCAUCAUCUACUCAAAAAGUAACUCAAAUUCAUGAAUUUAUAAUUGAUAGUAAAAAAUAG